GGGACCCCAAUGUGAACCCCAGUAGGGACAUGGGACCCCAACAGGGAACAUGGGGACAGCAAUGGGGACUCAGUGGAGACAUGGAGACAUUAAAAGGGAUCCCUGCUGGGGACAUGGGGCCCUUGAAUGGGGACCCCAAUGAGGACAUGGCUGUGGGGACACCGGGGCAUGGGGCCAGCAGCAGAGUGGCAGGGCGGGGGUGGCAGGCCCCGCAGUGUCCCCGUGUGUGUGACACACCUGUCCCCGUGCGCUGGCACGGUGCCAGCGGCCACAUCCCGCCUGCGGGGCUAUAAGAGGCCACGGGCUCGGCCCUGCCAGCACUGCCGUGGCCCAGCCACUGUUCCCGUCCUCGGCCCUGUCCCCCGCCAUGGCCCUGGCACUGCUGCUGCUCCUCGCCCUGCUCGGGACCACCCCAGGUCCCUCUGGCCGGGUGCUGACAGUGGCCACAGGUUUGGGGGCGCCGGGGGGGGGCUGUGGGGUGCCCCCCUCCGCCUGGUGCCAGAACUGGGUGACGGCGCUGCGCUGUGGGGCCCUGGGGCGCUGCCCCCACCUCACCCAGGGACCUCCUGAUGUGGACGUCUGUGCCAUGUGCCAGCAGCUCGUGGGCUUCCUCCGCCACGUCUCCAACCAAUCGACCGAGGAGAAGCCCCAGCAGAUCUGUGCCACGGUGAAGCUGUGCCACGGAGAGCCCGGGGCCGCCCCGGCCGUGCCCGUCCUUGAGGUGCCCGGCACUCACCUGCAGGGCCCCGGCGGGGCCGGGCUGUCCCCGGAGGCGCUGCCGGUGCCGCUGUGCUGGAUGUGCCGCAAGCUCGUGGAGCGGGCGGAGGCCGCUGUCCCCGUGGGCUCGGUGGCCGCGGCGGUGGCCGGGCUGUGCCGGGCGCUGCCGCUGCCCGUGGCCGGAGCGUGCCAGUGCCUGGCCGAGCGCUACGCGGCCCUGCUGCUCGAGGGGCUGCUGGGCCGCCUGGGCCCCCGCCUGCUCUGCCGCCUGUUCCUCGCCUGUCGCAACGGGGACAACUGGGACAACGCGGACGCGGGGACGCUGCCACCCCCCUGGGUGCUGGAGGCCGUCGUGGUGCGGCUGGCGGAGUGUGUCAGGGAGGAGGACCCCAAGGGCGUCGGUGCCCCCGCGCUGUCCCUCCCCCUGGGCCCCUGUGCCCUGGGCCCCAUCUUCUGGUGCUCCGGCCCAGAGGCCGCCCGGCGCUGCCAGGCCCUGCAGCACUGCCAGGAGCACGUCUGGCUGUAGGGGGACACCAGGACCCCCCCAGCACUGCCCAAUAAACCUUGGAUGCA